ACAGCAAAAGAGGGGCUGUGGGAUGCAGCUUCAGCUGUCAGUGCAGAGAGAGAGAUUCUAGCUGAAAGCAGCCCUAGAUGAGCUCUUAGGAGCUAAGAACUUUUCUCUGACUGUUGGACGUCCCGCUAUUCAACAGCCAAGAUGGCUCGGGACAUGUCAGAUAAAGAGAUCCUGAAAAUGGAGCUUGAUCAGCUGAAGAAGGAAGUUAACACUCCUCGAACCCCGGUUGGAGUAAAUGUCAAGGAAACAAUUGACUUUGUUGAGGGCCUGGCACCUGAAGACCCUCUGAUCAAGGGCGUGCCUGAGGACAAGAACCCGUUCAAAGAGAAGGGUGGCUGUAUAAUUACCUAGCACAGACAUCCAGAAGAAGUAACAACGUUUUUUUAUGAGACAGUGUGUAUAUAUUCCAACCACAUACCUGGCACUGUGUGGAUGGAUCUUCUAGAGAUUCAUUCUAGACAGACAGUACGGAGAAAAAGCACAUCAAAUGUGUCAUGAUGUCAUUAUUUUGAGACAGGCUUCCACUUCCUAUUUCUGGAUGAUACGUGUUGCUGUAAUUAUGUACUGUAUCUGUGUCAAUUUGUAAUUAAACACAAAUAGCUGUACAGAGAUUU